AUGUCGAAUGCUCCAAAUCAUACCAUUUACAUCAACAAUCUAAAUGAAAAGAUAAAAAAAGAUGAACUGAAGAAAUCUUUGUAUGCAAUCUUUUCGCAGUUUGGUCAAAUCUUGGAUAUUGUUGCCUUAAAGACAUUAAAAAUGAGAGGCCAAGCUUUUGUUAUAUUUAAAGAAAUUAAUAGUGCAGCCAAUGCUUUAAGGUCGAUGCAAGGUUUUCCAUUUUAUGACAAACCCAUGAGAAUAUCUUUUUCAAAGAAAGAUUCGAAUGUAAUAGCCAAAAUGAAAGGAACAUAUGUUGAAGAACCUCGAAGAAAGAGAGAUGAUGACGAACCAAGAAAGAAGAAAACUAAAUCACAAGCCAAUACUGCUACUGCUGCCCCAACACCAAUCACAUCUACAGCAAUUCCAGAACAACCACCAAAUCAAAUUUUGUUUAUAACUAAUUUACCUGAAGAAACUAAUGAAAUGAUGUUAUCAAUGUUAUUUAACCAGUUCCCUGGUUUUAAAGAGGUUCGUCUAGUGCCAGGAAGACAUGACAUUGCAUUUGUUGAAUUUGAAACUGAAGUUCAAGCAGGUGUCGCUAAAGAUGCCUUACAAGGAUUUAAGAUUACACCUAGCAAUGCCAUGAAAAUAUCGUAUGCUAAAAAAUAA